AGCGUAGACACAUCGUGGUCUCUCAUUUGUUGAAGAAAGAGUUCUUCAGUUUGCCCCACCCCUCUUUCCCUUCCUCUCGUGUUGGUGGUAGAAGAAAAGCAUGGACACAACUGGGAAAGUGAUCAAAUGCAAGGCAGCAGUGGCCUGGGAGGCUGGUAAGCCUCUUUCCAUUGAGGAAGUAGAAGUAGCUCCACCGAAGGCCCAUGAAGUUCGAGUGAAGAUUCAUGCCACAGGUGUGUGUCACACUGACGCUUACACUCUGAGUGGAAGUGACCCUGAGGGCUUGUUUCCUGUCAUCCUGGGUCACGAGGGGGCAGGCACUGUUGAGAGUGUUGGCGAAGGGGUCACCAAAUUCAAACCAGGCGAUGCUGUUAUUCCGCUGUAUGUACCCCAAUGUGGAGAGUGCAAGUUCUGUAAAAAUCCUAAAACCAACCUGUGUCAGAAAAUCAGGUUGACCCAAGGUCAGGGUCUGAUGCCUGAUAAGACCUCCAGGUUCACAUGUAAAGGAAAGCAGCUUUUCCACUUCAUGGGUACUAGCACCUUCUCUGAAUACACCGUGGUGGCUGAAAUCUCUCUGGCCAAAGUGGAUGAAAAUGCCCCCCUGGACAAAGUGUGUCUGCUGGGCUGUGGCAUCUCCACUGGAUAUGGAGCUGCUAUCAAUACUGCUAAGGUUGAGGCCGGCUCUACAUGUGCUGUGUUCGGUUUGGGAGCAGUGGGGCUUGCAGUCAUAAUGGGCUGCAAGUCAGUCGGCGCCACCAGGAUCAUUGGCAUUGACAUCAACCCAGACAAGUUUGAAAUUGCCAAGACGUUUGGAGCCACUGAGUUUGUGAACCCCAAGGACCACAGCAAGCCCAUUCAGGAGGUGCUGGUGGAGCUGACAGAUGGAGGAGUUGACUACUCCUUUGAAUGCAUUGGCAAUGUUGGCAUUAUGAGAGCUGCUCUUGAGGCUUGUCACAAAGGCUGGGGAACCAGUGUCAUCAUUGGUGUGGCAGGAGCAGGGCAGGAGAUCUCCACCCGCCCCUUUCAGCUGGUCACAGGGCGCACAUGGAAAGGCACAGCUUUUGGUGGUUGGAAGAGUGUGGAGAGUGUCCCGAAGCUAGUGAAUGACUACAUGAAUAAGAAGCUGAUGGUGGAUGAGUUUGUUACUCACACAUUGCCCUUUGCCCAGAUCAAUGAGGCCUUUGACCUGAUGCAUGCUGGGAAGAGUAUCCGAACCGUCCUGCAGCUUUAAGCCUCAAGUUAAAACAUGAGUCCUAACUGCCUUGUCUAGCCAUGAAACAAUCAUACUAAUCAUUAACACAUCUCAGUAGUUACUGUGCUGUCUGUUGUGUUAGAGGCUGUUCUGAUAAUGGUUAUUGGUGUGUAGAGUUCGUUACACACUGAAUAAAUUUGAUUACAAAACAGAA